AUGGCUCCAAUUGAAGUUGCUAAGAAAUGGGAUGUCGAAGAUUUGAGGUCCGGAAAAGUCAAACUGCCCGAGUAUUUGAGAACAAAAUCAGACGAUGAGCAAAGAAAAGAAGAUGAAGAAAUCGAAAGAAUGAUAAUCGCUGAAGACCAAGCAAAAGCAAAAUCGGCUGAAGGACGAUUUCAGCAGAUGUUUGAAGCGCCAGAAGCUGAUGAAGUGAAGUAUUGGAGACUGGCAUCUUUCAUUAACUUUCUCCUGAUUGGUUGGACCGGAACUGGAGGAGCCUAUAUUUUCUAUCUUCACUUACAAAACAUAAAAUAUAUACAGUUACUUGAAGCUUAUGAUGGCGGUAACUUAGUGAUGGCUGUGAUGCUUAUAUGUUUGAUAUGUCUGAUCGUCUCUAUUUACGGACUAAUAGUAACUUUGCACGCUGGAUUCAUGUCGAAAAGGGGGAGGUUGAAGUACGUUUUGUAUGCCUACAUAGGUUGGGACGGUGCAAUUAUCAUUCUUCUCGUCGCUUCUCUAAUCUUCGUUGGUGCAGUUUACUUGCUGUUGCCACAUAUUCUCAAGACUGGCUUCCUGGUGCAAAUGUUGAAAUUCAAAGACGACGUCGACAUCCAGAAAGGCGUUCACUUUCUACAGAUGGACAACAGAUGUUGUGGCAAUGAUAAUUACACAGAAUGGUUCUCAAUUAAAUUUUCAAAGCAAAUUACUAAAACUCUUUUGGCAUUUCCUAAAAGUUGCUGUAACUACGAUAAAGCACCAAAAGAUCAAUGUGUUCACAACCUUUCAAAAUUGACGCCAUGGACCCAAGGCUGUCUUCCAAUAUUGAACGAAAUGGUCAGAGAGUCAAUUUUAUCAUGCCUCGCCGUGCUGGGUUUAUCAUUUCUCGCCAAGUUGGCCGUUAUGCUCCUUUGUAUGUCCAACAUGCAAGCCGUGAGAAAUUACGAAGAUCUGGUGAUGAGAGAGAGAGAAAAGAUGAUAUCGCGAAAAGAGAGAACUGAAAGAGUAGCUAAACGAGCCAAAAUUGAGAAACAUGGACUUAGUCUUCCUCCACCUCCACUGCAAGAACAGAAAGGGAUGUUUGACAGCGUUAUGGACAAUGCGAAAUCUUCAGUAAAGGGCGUUUUUUCAUCGGCACCUGCCCCGACAGCAGGUCCACAAUAG